GGCGAACGGACAACGCCAGCAGAAUGAACUGUUUAUGAACGUGUUUUGUUCUGCAGCCGGUAAUUUCCCGCUCGUCAUGCGAUAGCCCAAAAGAAAGAAAGGUUCUUGUGGGGGACAAAGACAAAACAGGCACCAAAAUACUAAGUGAAGGUUUAGAAAAACUGGUAAAGACUUCAAAAACUUUUUCAACACUGAGCUGUCAAUCAGCAUGCGGCAAAAUCAAAGCAGGCCUGUUAAAUAAAUCGCUAAGUGUCAACAUAAUUGGCAAAACUUUGCUUGCCCAGCAUGGAGUACCUGGACAUGGAAUCCUUUCGUUCGAAGUACAGCGACAUAACCGUGACAGCCGUACCCACCCGUUCCGAGGAGCAAUCGAUGUCCACCGACGUGGAGAUGGCAGCCAAGCACCAGGAGCCUCGAGUGGAGAUAACCCGGGUGAGCGGAGCAUCUGGAAUCAGCUACACGGCGAAUCUAGCGAUGUUGCAACGCAACAGGCAGCAGCAAAACGCCGCAGCUAUUGCCUAUGCCACCGAAUACAAGGAGGUGAUGGCCAAACUGGAGUACACCAAGUACAUGCAGGCACAGCUCCAGCUUAUGUCCUUGGCAAACGGAGGGGGCAAUUUGGGAGCAGCCGGACUGGAUUGCGGUCCUUAUGGGAUGAUGCAACCUUCUAUAAAUCUCGAUGCAAAUGCCAAUAUUGUAGACAAAUACAGCGAUCUGCUAAAUAUCCUGACCGAGAUGCGGUCCAAUUUGUCGCCAACUGUGAUGGGUUUGCGGGCGCCCAAGGAGCGCCUUCAGCGGGACAUUGCCCAAGCCAGGGUGAGGGUAAGGGAGUGCCUCAUGCUCCUGGAGAAGGAUCGCUAUCAGGAGACCGAGGAAAACCAGUCCGAGGGCAUCCCCCCUAGUGAGUGACGUCACAUGGGGGCAGGUUAUCCAUCUCCACGUGAAUGCGAGUGGUAUGAUAAUAAA